AUGAUUUGGAUGAGCCUAAGCUUUUACUUCCUAGUCCUCGCUAUCUCAGAGGCCUCUUUUCUGUUUGCGCUUUCUGGUCAAGUGCUGUAUGUCCGGUACCCGGGGAAGGAAUGGAUUCAUCCAGGAUCAACCUUAGACACGAAAGAUACUGUGGUCAUGCCAGAAAUAAAUGGCAAGAACCUCCCAUGUCAUGCACGCUACCUGCUCCUCUUUAUUGAUCUUGACGCAAUGUUCCCGGGAACCAGAAAUCAGACAGUUGUCUUGCAUUGGUACCGACCCAAUCUUAUGUUCAAGUGCCAAGGGAAUGAUAAUUAUGGCUUUCUGCACUCCGACAAGAAUGGGAAAAUUAUCGAUUCAGCACCAUAUAUUGCACCACAGCCGCCACCCCUUUCACGUCAUCGCUAUGUAUACCUUCUAUUUGAGCAACCAACAUUUUAUCAAUUCCCUCAAUGCUUCACGCAUAUCUUUCCUGCUACCAUGGAAGCACGUGCUGGGUUCGAUAUUAAAGAAUUCAUGCUAGCAGCAACGCUGAAUCCGCCUCUUGCCAUUAACUACUUCUUUGGCAAGAACACCACACAGGAUAAAGAGGAUCCUUCCCCACCUCCUAGUGCAACCACCACCUACUUUCGCUCAGUGAUAUGUGACACGAGUCCAACUAGUUUGCGAUAG